AUGCCACCAGAUCGGGAGCGCACACGAAUAGUCCGCGUCCGGACCGGGUGCCUGACCUGCAGGCGGCGUAAGAAGAAGUGCGAUGAGGUCCACCCGAUCUGUGGCGGCUGCGUGCGCAACGACCUCGGAUGCCAGUGGCCAACGACAAUUCCCGGGCGCAGGAACUCUGGUUCGCCAAAGGAUAUCCCUACGGAUGCUGAGCGCCGGCGCUCGAGUCCGGGAGGUUCUUUGGAAGAGUUGGGGAUAGUGAGUAUCCCGGGGAGUGCCUCGUCGCGGCGUUUAUCUUCGGUUUCGUCUAUCGGGGCUCCGUCCGCAGAGGGUGGCGAUCUAGUAGAUCUGGACGGAGCGACGAUUCUGGACGCAGAGGCUCUACAUCGGAAGGCCAGUGUUGCGAAUAGUAUCGGGAAUAUUGAGGAAGUGGUGGCGUCGCCGUCAAUGGUCGGACAUGUUGUCCCAAGAACAUUAUCGAUGCUUCCUGGUUACGACGCAGAGUCUUAUCAGCUGCUCAGCCAUUACUUGAGUACGACUGCAGAUUGUAUGGCGAAUGGCACAACUCCGAUCAAUCCGUUCCUUGUACAAGUCGUCCCGCUAGCUUUCACGAGCGAUCUAUUGCUACAGCUGGUGAUCACGCAAAGCGCUGCCCAUCGCGCAUUCCGACGACGGGAUGAAUCAGACUCCUUGGCCCAGUCUCACUACACCAAGUCGAUUCGAUUAUUUCGGAAAGGAGUUACAGAUUUCCUUGACGGAAAAGAACCAAACCCGCUAAUGCUUCUUGUUGGGGCUUUGCUGAUGUGCUUUACUGAGACCGCAAAAGGGGAUAUGACGGGUACCGUGUUUGAUCACCUAUCGGCCGCAAAUUCAUUACUUGUCAAACUGUUGGAGAAAAGCGAUGCGGCUGUGCCAAGAGACUUGAAGGCAUUUGUUGUGGAGUACUACGUUUACACAGCAUCUGUGAGCAUGAUUUCCAUCGACGCCAGAUUGAGCGGACAGAUUUUCCUCAAUUUCGACCUGGAGCAGCGCGCACGGGGCCUUCUAACAACCAACUACGUUGGGAACCUCUGUGGUUGUUGGCUUGAGCUCCUGUUGCUCAUUCCAUGUAUCUUUGAUCUUGGUCGACAAUGGAUGACCGGCGAUUCCGACAAUCAUGCUCCCACCGCAGACGACUUUGCUUUGUUUGCCUCCAUCCAGGCCCAGAUUCUCCGAUGGUCCCCCUACGCUUCAGUCGACCCCGAGGUCUACCUUGCUGGCUUAAUCUUCCAGCAAGCCAUGUUGAUAUAUCUCUAUUCUUCCCUUGGCGGGUACCAAUUUGCCGCUGACGGUAUCUACAAAGGCCUGAUUCAAAGCGCGGUAUCAGAAGCAAUGAACUAUCUCGAGCAACUGCUGCCUAGCGCUCGGAUCAACUCUGGGAUGUGCUGGCCUAUCGCAGUGGUUGGCUCGUGCUUGGAGGACCCGGAGCGACAAGAGACUCUGCGCCUCAGAACCAGAAAGAUGGCCACGCACUUCGGCCUGGGUAAUAUGGACCGAACGCUCCAGCUGUUAGAGGCAAUGUGGCGACUUCCGUUUCCCGAGGCUGGUCCUUGGAAUAUCUCUCGCACGAUGCAGCAACACCAAAUCUGGAUCUCCUUCGCUUGA